UUUACACGCUAGCCCAGCAACGGCCAGAUUCUUCCACCAGCCUACUGACAGACAGACAGAGUGCUAACCUUCAGAUAAUUAUCUGUCCAUCCAAUUGCACCCAUCUCUCUUUUUGUUGUUGUUAGUUUCUCAGUGUGUCAAAGUGUGUUUGUGUGUGUGUGCUCUGUGGGUUUGCGUCUCUUCGUACCAUGUGUGAGUGUCUACGUGGGAUAUUCAGAGUCACCUGGACACCCUCUUCCAAUGCAGACUCUGACAGAGAAUUGGAAGAAAGUCAUGUAUUUACGCAGGCCAGAGACCCAGCCGUGAAGGACAAAAGGUGGUCUCCCCCUUCGGACAGGCCUCCCACCGCCCCCCACGCCAACCCUCACCACAGUGCCUCCCCAGAGGACCAGGAGAGCCCAGAGAGAGUGGUUCAGAAAGAGAAACUGCAUGCAGAGCUGAAGCAGGUGCUGAGUCUGAAGAGAAGCCACUUGAAAGAGACGUCUCAUUUGGCCCAAGCAGAGAUGGAUUCUUCAACAGACGCCCAAGCAGUGGAGGAAACUGCAUCUGAGGUGGUGGAGGUUGUGCUGGAGACAGAGGCUGAGGCUGGAGCCAGUGGCUACAGUGUCACAGGUGGAGGGGAGCGAGGCCUCUUCAUUAAGGACGUCCUUAAAGACUCCACUGCAGCAAAGCAUCUUAGCCUCCAGCAAGGAGAUCAGUUGCUCAGUGCAAGAGUCUACUUUGACAAUGUGAAGUAUGAGGAUGCCCUGAAGAUCUUGCAGUGUGCAGAGCCUUAUAAAGUCUCAUUUUUCCUGAAGAGGACCAUCACCGGCGCUGAUGUCACUAUGCACCCUGGCACCACCAGCUUGGAACUGAAAGGACCCAAAACCAAGAUGCAGAAAAUGAGUGUCAAGAGCAUCAAACCUUUCAAAGUGAAGAAAAAGAAGGGAGGACGUUUUGGAUUGAAAAGGCUGAAGGAAAACAAGAAAGGGAGCACUGGAGCAGAGUUAGAGAUGGAGGGAUCCCCUUCCAAGGUGGAGCUCAACCCCAUUGAUGUGGAGUUUGCCUUCCCCAAGUUCAAGCUGGGGAAGGAUGGGAAGGCAGAGGGAGCUGAGCAGCAUGGAGGAGUGGGCGCCACUGGCAGGAAGAAGAGGACGAUAAGGUGUUCCAGGAUGAAAGCAAAUGGUGCUGAGGCGGCUACAGGAGAAGUUGACAUAACAGAACCAGCGGGACAGGCUGACGUCUCCCUGCCAGACGUGCCUGGAGCUAAGGUCAAAGUCAAAGGAAAGGGCCACAGGUUCGGAAUUCAUUUCCCUAAAACAAAAAAGACUAAAUCGGACACUGCCUUGUCUGGAGGGUCCCUGGACCUGAAACCUCCUGGUGUCAAAUUCACACCACCCUCAGUGGAAUUCAGUUUGCCAUCUGGAAACAAGGACGUUGACCUACAGAAACGAGAAGUGAAAGUCAAGGAGGGGUCAAAAUUGAUGCACAGAGAGGUAGAGCUUUCAUUAGGACUCCCCUCAGCCUGUCACUCUGAUGAAAUUGAUGGUGAGAUAAAAGCAAAAGGUUUAGCUGAAGGAGUUGAAGGGUCAACAGCCCUAUCUGGCAUUAAAAUGCCAGUUAUUGACAUCUCUGCACCCAACAUAGAUCUGCAGCUGGACACCCGGCGUACAGUGCCAGACGAGAUAGAGGGACCCUUUUUUAAAGGGCCAAAUAUAUCCAUGCCCAAAACUGACAUUGCAUUACCAAAGAUUGGAUCGUCUAACAUGGAUAUUGAAGGUCCAGAAAAGGGUGGAAAAAUUUGCCUGCCAAUUGUUGACAUUUCACUGCCAAAGAUGAUACCAGCAGAAGCAAACGUUGAUGUGGAAGGACACAUUGGAAAAGGAGGCAAGUUCAAAACGCCAACUUUCAAUGUUUCUCUUCCAAAAUUCAAGUCUCCAGAGGAGCAUACAAAUAUAGAGGGGCCUGAAGUCAAAGGGGAGUUCAACAUGCCAAAAGUUGACCUCUUACGCCCAAAAGGCAAAGCAGAGGGAGAGGUGGACAUUGAAGGAUACUUAGGAAAAGGAGGUCAAUUUCAGAUGCCCACAUUUGACAUUUCUCUACCAAAAAUGAAGUCAUCAGAGAGAGAAAGGAAUGUAGAAGGACCUGAAGUGAAGGGUGGCAAAAUGAAAAUGCCCUCUAUUGACAUAUCUCUCCCUGAAGGAAAAACAGAGGGGAAUAUUAACAUUGAGGGACAUUCUGGAAAAGGAGGCAAGUUCAAAAUGCCCUCAUGUGACAUUUCUCCUCCUAAAAUGAAGGGUGAUGCCAGUUUAGAGGGACCUGAAUUGAAAGGGGGAAAGUUUGAAAUGCCCCCACUUGAUAUUUCCCUUGCCAAAGGAAAAACAGAGGGUGAAGUCAACAUUGAUGCAAAUGUAGGAAAAGAAGGAAAGUUCUCUCUUCCAAAAAUAAGGUUACCAAAGGGUGACAUGAAAAUAGAAGGAUCUGAUGUGAAAGGCAUCACAUUUCAUAUGCCCACUAUAGAUUGUUCACUUCCAACAGGAAAAACAGAAGGUGACAUGAGUGUCGAAGGAGAUGCAUCUAAAGGAGGAAAGUCUCACAUGCCUUCAUUUGAUAUUUCUGCUCCAAGAGUAAAGUUACCAGAGGGUAAAGCCAAAGUAGAAGGACCUGAAAUUAAAGGUGGAAAGGUUGAGAUGCCAAAAAUGGAUGUUUCCCUUCCAAAAGGCAAAACAGCAGGAGAAGUUAACAUUGAAGGCCAUGUCAGUAAAGGGGGCAAGUUUAAGAUGCCCACAUUCGGCAUUUCUUUCCCGAAAUUGAAGUCACCAGAGGGUAAGGUCAACACAGAGGGACCUGAAGUCAAAGGAGGGAAGUUUAAAAUGCCUACAAUUGGCAUUUCACUACCAAAAGGAAAAUCGGAAGGUGACAUCAAUGUUGAAGGAGGUACUGAAGCAGGAAGCAAAUUUCAUAUGCCCACAUGUGACAUUUCUCUUCCAAAAAUGAAGUCACCAGAUGCAGAUACCAGUUUAGAAGGACCAGAAGUCAAAGGAGGGAAGUGUCACAUGCCAACAAUUGACCUUUCCCUUCCCAAGGGAAAGGGAGCAAUUGACACUGAAGGACAUUCUGGAAAAGGAGGCAAGUUCCAAAUGCCAGCAUUCGAUAUAUCACUUCCAAAAAUGAAGACACCAGAUGGUGAAGUCAGCCUAGAAGUCCCUGAAGUCAAAGGGGGGAACAUUAAUAUGCCAACGAUGAACAUUUCUCUUCCAAAAGGAAAAAUGGAAGGUGAAGCUAAGGGACAUGCAAGCAAAGGGGGAAAACUUCACAUGCCCUCAAUUGACAUUUCCCUUCCAAAAAUGAAGUUGCCUGAAGGUGAAGUCAAAGUAGAAGGCCCCGAAGCCAAAGGUGGAAACAUUGAAAUGCCAUCGACUGAUAUUUCACUUCCCAAAGGAAAGAUGGAGGGGGAAAUUGACAUUGAAGGACAUUCUGGAAAAGGAGGAAGAUUUCAUAUGCCUACAUUUGAUGUUUCCCUUCCAAAAAUGAAGUCACUAGAACCAGAUGUCAGUUUAGCAGGACCGGACGCCAAAGGAGGGAAGUUUCAUAUGCCAACAAUGGACUUUUCCCUUCCCAAGGAAAAGGGUGAGAUUGACACUCAAGGACAUUCUGGAAAAGGAGGCAAGUUCCAAAUGCCAGCAUUGGAUAUAUCACAUCCAAAAAUGAAGACACCAGAAGGAGAAGUCAGCCUAGAAGGCCCUGAUGUGAAAGGUGGAAAGUUUAAAAUGCCAAAGAUUGAUAUUUCACUUCCAAAAGGAAAAACAGAAGGGGGAAUCGACAUUGAAGGACAUUUGGGGGGAAAAGGAAAGUUUCACAUGCCCACAUGCGACAUGUCCUUGCCAAAAAUGAAGUCAAAUGAUGGUGACAUGAAAUUAGAGGGGCCAGAAGUGAAAGGCAGUAAAAUACAUAUGCCUAAAAUUGACAAUUCUCUUCCAAAGGGGAAGGCAGAAUGUGAUAUUCAGGUUGACGGGCAUGGUGGUAAAGGCGGAAUGUUCCAGAUGCCCUCAAUUGACAUUUCUCUUCCAAAAAUGAAGUUGCUCGAGGGUGAAGUCAAAGUAGAAACCCCUCAAGCCAAAGAUGGAAAGUUUGAAAUUCCAACAAUUGAUAUUUCACUCCAAAAAGGAAAAGCAGAGGAAGAAAUUGACAUGGAAGGACAUUCCGGAAAAGGAGGAAAGUUUCAUAUGCCAAAGUUUGAUGUAUCGCUACCAAAAAUGAAGCUCCCAGAGGGUGACAUCAAACUAGAGGGACCAGAAGGGAAAGGCAACAAAAUACAGUUACCUAACAUUGACAUUUCUCUUCCUAAAGGGAAAACUGAAGGAGAUAUUGAGGUUGAGGGGCAUGGUGGCAAAGGGGGCAAGUUUCACAUGCCCUCAAUUGACAUUUCCCUUCCAAAAAUGAAGUUGCCUGAAGGUGAAGUCAAAGUAGAAGGCCCCGAAGCCAAAGGUGGAAACAUUGAAAUGCCACCGAUUGAUAUUUCACUUCCCAAAGGAAAGAUGGAGGGGGAAAUUGAUAUUGAAGUUCAUUCUGGAAAAGGAGGAAGAUUUCAUAUGCCUACAGUUGACGUUUCCCUUCCCAAAAUGAAGUCACUAGAACCAGAUGUCAGUUUAGAAGGACCGGACGUCAAAGGAGGGAAGUUUGAAAUGCCAAAGAUUGAUAUUUUACUUCCAAAAGGAAAAACAGAGGGAGAAACUGACAUUGAAGAACAUUCUGGAAAUGGAGGAAAGUUUCAUAUGACCUCAUUUGAUGUGUCACUACCAAAGAUGAAGCACCCAGUGGGUGAUGUCAAAGAAGGCCUUGAAGUCAAAGGGGGGAAGUUUAAAAUGCCCAAAAUUGAAGCAGAGGUUAGGAGUGGAGUCAAGUUACCAACUGUUAAACUGCCAACAGUAGACGUAUCUGCACCAAAGGUUGACUUCGACUCUGGGCUGUCAAAAUCUGAAGGAGAUGAUAGGGAAGAGACGGAGCUACAAAAAGCAGAGGGUGAAAGGCCAUCCUCUGGGUCAAGUUUUGACAUGCCAGAUAUCUCUCUCAAAAUGCCAAGAUUUUCUCUCCCUAAAUUUGGUGGAAAGUCUAGUGGAGAUGUAAACCUAGAAGGAUAUGGCACAGAGGAUGAUAUUGAUAUUAGCCCCCCACGAGCGGAUGGUGAGGGCAGACCAGCAUCAGCAGAAAUACGCGGAGAGGGAAAAAUAGAAGGUAAACUAAAGAAGCCCAAAAUGAAAAUGCCAAUGUUUGGAAUAUCUAAGAAAGAUGUAUCAAUAGCCAGCCCUGAUGUGGAAAUCAAGACAGAAAAAGGGAAAGUGGACAUUCCAAAGCCAAGAAUCAGUGUAGAACAUCCAGAGGACAAAGCAAAUAGAAAAUAUAGACUAAAAUUCCCAAAGUUUAAGAAGUCAUCUCCUAAAGGUAAACUACCAGAGGGAGAAAUAGAUGUCUCAAUGGAUAGUGGAAUGGAAGGGAAAGGUGGCAUUCAUGCACCCGAUGAUACAAACAAAAUGCCAAAGUGCUCCAUGCCAGGGUUUGGCUCACAGGAGAUAGACUUUGACAGUAGUGGACCCAGUGCUGAACUAGAUGUCACAGGAAAGGUAAAAAUACCAUCAGUGGAGAUAUCCCUGCCAGUUGCCAAGAAAUCUGAGCAAGAAGUGUUACUCCCAAAGGCUGAGGUGGAUGUGUCUGAGGCUGACAUCAGAGGUUAUGAAGGAAACCUGAAAAUCCCUAAAAUGCCAACUAUUGAUGUAUCAGCACCCAAAAUUGACCUUGAUGUAACUCUGCCUAAAAUCAAGCAUGAAACAAAAAUUGAGGGGGAGGGAGGCAAAUUUAAGAUGCCAAACAUCAAAAUGCCUGAUAUAGAUUUAUCACUUCCUAAAGAAAAAACUGGGAACAUUGAUGCAUCCAAGGUUGAAAUUGAGGGAAGGGGUGGAAAAUUCAAGAUGCCUGUCAUUAAAAUGCCAAAGGUUGACAUAUCACUUCCAAUAGGAAGACAUAGAGCAAUGGAUGUAUCCACAGUGGAAAUUGAAGGAGAAGGUGUAAAAUUCAAGAUGCCACAUAUGGAAAUGCCAAAUGUUGAUAUAUCACUUACCAAAGGAAAAAGUGGAGGGAUUGAAGGGCCAGAGAUGGAAAUUGAAGGAGGGGGCGGAAAUUUCAAAAUGCCACAUAUGAAAAUGCCUGUGGUAGACUUAUCACUUCCGAAGGGAAAGUCUGGAGACAAAAGUGCACCAGAAAUUGAAAUGGAAGGAGGAACAUUCAAGAUGCCACAUAUAAAAAUGCCAAAUAUUGGUACAUCACUUACCAAAGGAAAAAGUGGAGAGAUUGAAGGACCAGAGAUGGACAAUGAAGGAGAGGGUGGAAAGUUCAAGAUGCCACAUAUUAAAAUGCCAAAUGUUGAUACAUCACUUACCAAAGGAAAAAGUGGAGGGAUUGAAAGACCAGAGAAGGAAAUUGAAGGAGGGGGCGGAAAUUUCAAAAUGCCACAUAUGAAAAUGCCUGUGGUAGACUUAUCACUUCCAAAGGGAAAGUAUGGAGACAUAAGUGCACCAGAAAUGGAAAUGGAAGGAGGAGGAAAAUUCAAGAUGCCACAUUUGAAAAUACCAAGUAUUGGUACAUCACUUCCCAAAGGAAAAAGUGGAGAGAUUGAAGGACCAGAGAUGGACAAUGAAGAAGAGGGUGGAAAAUUCAAGAUGCCACAUAUUAAAAUGCCAAAUGUUGAUGUAUCACUUCCAAGAGGAAAAAGUGGAGACAUCAGUACACCAGAAAUGGAAAUGGAAGGAGGGGGAAAAUGGAAGAUGCCACAUAUGAAAAUGACAAACAUUGAUAUAUCACUUCCAAGAGGAAAAACUGGAGAGAUUGAAGCACCAGAGAUGGAAAUUCAGUCAGAGGGAGGAAAGUUCAAAAUGCCAAAGGUAGAUAUAUCACUUCCGAAAGGAAAGUAUGGAGAAAUUAGAGCACCAGAAAUGGAAGUCAAAGGAGGAAAUUUCAAGAUGCCACAUAUGAAAAUGCCAAAUAUUGCCAUAUCACUUCCAAAAGGAAAAAGCGGAGAUGUUAAUGCACCUGAAUUGGAAAUGGAUGGUGAGGGUGGAAGAUAUAAGAGGCCAGAAAUCAAACUGUCAAAUAUAGAUAUUACAAUGCCAAAGGGAAAUUCUGGUGACAUUGAUGCUGAAAUCAAACAGCCCAACGCUGAGGCAGAAGGAAAGAUAAAAAUGCCUUUGAUUGGUUUACCAAAGUUUACAACUCCCGACCUUGAUUUGGACAUGAAUGUUGGAAACCCCAACCAUGGACCUGAGGUUCAUGGGAAAAGUUCAGACAAAACUGGUUCACAUUCUGAGGGAGACCAUAAGACGAAAAUCAAAAUGCCAACAAUAGACAUAGAGUGCCCAAAAGGAGAUCUGGAGCUGGAUAUAGGCUUCCAUAAAGCUGAGGGAAAGAAGGACAGAAAAAUAAUAGAGUUGCCUGACUUAGACCUUAAAACUUCUGGUACCAAAGGUAAGGGGCCAAAAGUCAAAAGCACCAAAUUCAAAAUUGGAUUGCCAAAAAUGAAGAACACUGGAGAUCAAGCAUUAGAUGCAACCACAAAGAAGACUGGGAAAGAGAAUGAAGGGGCCAGUGGUAGAUUUAUGAUUAAGAAGACAAAGCUUGGCCAAGGUGCAGAUGUGGCGGCAGAUGCGAAGGCAGUUGGUUCUGUGUUGCCAAACAUCUCCCUCCCAGAUGUGGGCUUCUCAGUAUCCAAAGGAGCCAGCCAAGAGGAUGAAGGUCAUGGUCCAGAGAUGAGUGCUAAAUUGCCAAAAUUCAAACUCCCUAAUGUGGAGAUCUCAGGUCCUUCAAUGACUGGCCAAGGAGGAGCACAAAUCAACAGAGGACAACAAGAAAACAAAGAUGGUAUCAAGUUUCAAAUGCCAAAGGUUACUCUACCGUCUGUGGGGCUGAAGAGCAAACAAGGCUCUGCCGAGCCCACUGGCACAGAUGCCGGCACAGAGAAUGGAUUCACAUUACCUAAUCUUGGAAUCAAAGUCCUCAAAAUACCAGAUAUAGACUUUGAUAUUGGAGCAUCUCAAGCUGAGGACCAAGGGGCAGAUACAAGUACAAGACAAAAAAUCAAAAUACCCAAGUUCGGGGUGGCUUUACCUGCUAUGUCUUCACCUGAAGCUAGAGUACAUUUGAAGGAUCCAGAGGUUGAGUAUGAAGGACCUAAAAUGCCCAAAGUUAAAAAAGCUGUAUUUGUUUUGGUGAAUCCCCAAACAGACCACUCCACUAUGUGUGAAGCAAGUGUCGAGUCUGGAGAGGCUAAAAUCAGAAUGCCAAAGAUCAAAAUGAAGCCAUCGUUUGGAAAGUCAGGAUCCAAGGAAAAGAGUGUUGCUUUGAGCAUUGAAGGAGAUGACAAGUCAAAGGGAGCAAAGCAAAAGAUUCCCAAAGUCACCUUCUCUCCAGGCAAAACAGGUUCAUUUGAUGUAACCCUAAAAGGUGAGGGGUCUAGUUCCAGCCUCAAUGGUGAGAAGGUUUCAACAUUCCAGAACGGAUCCAAGGAGGAUAAAGCUAAGUUUGUGAAGCUCAAGCUUCCAAAGAUAGAGUUCUCCUCGCCAUACUCAAAAAUAGGCAGUGGAGAAGAGGACCUUGAAAUGAGUGCUAAGCUUGUCAAGGAGUCCUCAGGAACUGACGGAGAAACCAAGAGGAAGAAAGUGAAAUCAGGCAAAAUGUCCUUCCCGGGAUUUAAGAAGAAGACAUCAAAAGGAGAGGAGGAAACUCAAGACAGUGUGGUGUCCUCAUCCGCCAGGACAGAAAUGCUAGAUCAGGAUAGUUCAGAAUCAACAACGGCCAUGGUCCCCAUUGGCUUUGUUCCAGGGAAGUCUAGGGGGCAGGCAGAGGCUGAGAGCAACAAGAAGGAGAUGGAAGGAAAGCAGUCAACCUGGUUCAAGGCCCCCAAAUUCAACCUGAAACCCAACUCAACAGGAAUUCUCCUCAUUACACCAGAAGGUUCUCCCCAGGGCAGCAGAUCCUCGCUCCAAUGCCAGGGUGUAGAUGAAACUGCAGGUACCUUCCGGCUCCAGAUGCCAAGCACGGGGUUCUCCACGCAGGAGGUGUCUGAGGAGAAUGUUACCACAACAAAGGAGGGAACCGUAACUGUGGUGACAAAGACGACAAAAAAUACGGUAACAGAGUCCAGAACUGGUCAAACCCACACAUCGCUAUCCCAUUGUAAUCACUGAAGAGAUGUGAGAGUAAUAUAUUUUCCCUCUGUCCUGA